UUUACUCGUAUUCUCUUUUGCUCCCUAGGGUAAUUAUCGGACGUUACGACUUUUUAGAACGGAAAGAAAAAUGUCGAAAAACAUAGUUUUCACACACUACACACGUCCCUAAAUUUACUCCCAAGGGAUGGAGUCGUAAUUCCUAGUAGUUUGUGAAAAAUAAUAGUUUAUAGCUUACAUUACUAUACCAGCAUCGGACGUCGCGGCUUCGGGGAACAAAAAGUAAAGUAAAAAAAAAAAGGGUAAAUAUUUACUUGGGCGGUAUUUCCGAAAACAAUUUUUAAAAAUCCGGAAAUACCUUUUUUUUAUGCUCUUCAACUUCCUCUUUUCAUUAAAAUCGGCGGAGAUUAGAAAUUCCAAAUACUUUAGGAGAUAUCGAAUUUUUUAAUUUCUUCAUAUGCAGUUGAGCGGUAUUUGUGAAAAAAAAUGUUAAAAAUCCGAAAAUACCUUUAUUAUAUGCUCUUCAAAUUCCUCUUUUCAUUAAAAGCGGCGGAGAUUAGAAAUUCCAAAUACUUUAGGAGAUAUCGAAUUUUUAAAUUUCAGCACAAAACCAGCGCAUUCCUGUGGCGUGCGUGCACCAUUGUUUCUUGUUUACGUACGAGUGUCUAUUUUUUUAAUUGGAUAAUGAUGUCACGUGAUUGUUCGUGAUAGGCCAGAAUUCAAAUGAACUAAUACGUGAUUAUUUAGUUCAAUUAUUGUUUAAAACAGUGUUUAAUUACCGCCUCCAACUUAGGUGAGUUUUUAACGUUUCUAAUUUUAAAGUCUUAUUUGUUAUUUUGAUAUUGUUGCGCAAGUAAUAAGUAACAAAAAAAUUUACGUGAGUUGUUACUGUACAUCCUUUGUUACGGGUUUGUUAGGUAAGGUCAGUUACAUUAUAAAUAAUUUAAAACUAAAGAAUAAUUAAAUUUAAUUCACAUUAUUUUUAAUAUCACCUUAGUUUGAAAGUAUUUAUAAUGUAACUGACCUGACCUAAUCGACCAUUUUAGUUUACUGUUCACCGUCUGUCCGGGUUUGUUUGGUCAGGUCAGUUACAUUAUAAAUAUUUUAAAACUAAACAGCCAUUAAAAUUAAUUCACAAAAUAAUUUUUAAUGUCGGCUUAGUUUGAAAUUAUUAAUAAUGUAAUUGACCUGACCUAAUCAACCAUUUUAUUAAUUACGCAUUCACGAUUCACGUAUUCACGAACACACGGCAAAAUAACAAAAAUGGCGCCGCUCGAAUGGUUCCACAGGUCUUGUAUUGCAAAAUUAAAAAAUUCGAUAUCUCCUAAAGUAUUUGGAAUUUCUUUUCUCCGCCGCUUUUAAUGAAAAGAGGAAGUUGAAGAGCAUAUGAUAAAGCUGGCAGCCGUGGAGGACAGUCUGCCCGGCGGGGGGGAGGGACUGCGAUGGCCGCGAUGUGCGGCGACGCCGCGGGCCACAGCUACAAGGCCUUCGCCCAGGACGAGGCCCCGACCUUCACGUCCUGCGUCAAGUCCCGGCCCCCCAUUGAUCCGGAGGCGGCUUGCUGGUGCAGCACCCAGGAAGACUUUAUCGUCUUCUCAGAGUUCUCCGAGAUCACCGGCCCGAUUCCGCUGAUCACGAUCCCCGCGUACAUCGAGAACAACGUCAACAUCAACUCCCUCAUCAUGAACAUCAUGUCGCUGGACUAUCAGGGCAACACAGGUGGCCAGUUCAAGCUGUGCGAGGACGCCCAGGUCCUGCAGUCGGACGUCCUCCCGGGACUCCACGUGUAUGCCCACUACACGUCCCUGAGUGACGUGAAGGCGCGGGGGUUCGUCCGACCCCUGUGCAUCGCCUACGUCAGCCCCGACCGCCAGAAGCUGGACCAGGAGCUGCUGAACAUCAGGGAGACAUUCUUGCAGAUGACGAAAAUCAUGAAGUACGAUAACAGACAGUGGUUUCUCAGCGAAAUUUUUAAAGUCUUGGCUUCGUUGCAUGAGGCCAAAACGAGAUACUUUGAGCUGAAACAGAAGCAGGAGGACGGGGCUGCCCUCAGCGAGGAGGAGGCCGCGGAGCUGUCCCAGGUGGACCUGGCCCAGCUGGUGGCUCACACCUCCGAGUACCGCCACAUGAGCCACUGGGUGGAGCGCCAUCUGGAGGCGGACGGAGACGAGGCAGUGCGCUCGGAGCUGGCGAGCUGGGAGGCGGGGCUGGAGGCCCAGGAGGGGCCCCAGGUGGCGGUGUACCUGGGCAAGGCCCGCUCGGACCGGCGGCGGGAGAGGGCGGGGCGAGGGGUGAUGGCAGGGGUGCCGGCGCUCUGCCCCUACGGGGUGGCAGCCGCCGUGUGGAGGCUCAUGGGGGCCCUGCAGCAGUUCGGCUACUGCCGCCUGGAGCUGCCCCUCACCAUGUGGCCUCAGGAGGAGCCUCGGGCGGAGGACAGGCCCGCGGGCCGCCGGGUGGAGGAGGCCCUGGGCAGCAUGGACUUCCUGCAGCUGCUGCACAACAUGGCCACGGCGACGGCGUGGGACGCCUGCGCCGGGACCCCGCUCAGCCCCCGCGGCAGCAGCGACGGCGACAGCUUCAAGGCCAGCGCCGAGAACCUCGCGGAGGGCGCGCUCUGCUUCCUCGACAAGGGAUACCUGCCGAGCGGCACGGAAGGGAGCAGCAGCUACUACUCUGCGCCCGAGUCGGUGGCAGGAGGUUCGGAGCACUCUGAGGAGACCCUGCCGGCGGAGGGGGAGGACUGCCCGAGCGAGGACAGCUGGAGCUACGACGAGGACGAUGCUCGAGACGACCAAGUGACAGCUCGACCGGUCUGCAUCUGGGGGCAGCAGUCCCUGCUCAACCAACCAGGUCACGGGAUCCUCAAGUUCUUCAAGUCGUACCAGAAGGCAGCCCUGCACGUGGUGUACUCUGUUCUGAUUGGUCGGACCGUGGUGGUCUGUGGCGGCAAGGCGGCGCGGCGCAGGGUGUCGCAGAUCAUCACCGUGCUGAUGGCUCUCGUGCCCGUGGGCUCAGGGAAGCAACUCAGAGUCCUCAGAUGGCACUGUGGCAUAUUAGUUGCCUCACACAUCACAGAGUAUCAGCUGAUUGGCCUGUGUGUACCAGAGAGGUUGUCUGUGUACGACAUGGUGGGACACCAAGAGAAGAACCGAGUGACGAUCCUGAGCGCGAGGGACGGGCGGCUGUUCGGGCGGGCGUACGCGGGCCGGCUGCUGUCCUCGCUGGAGCAGGUGGCCGCGAGGCAGCCGUGCGACCAGAGCCUGCUGCUGUACCUGCGCGUGCUGGCCCUCUCGCUGGAGGAGAAGCUGCUGGUGUUCCGCGGCCUGGCGGGGACCCGGCCCGGUCCCGGGGCGGCGCGGGCCGCCCUGCGCGGAGCCGAGCUGGAGGGCUGCGACGCCGAGGUCGUCCGCUACCUCGACACCGUGCUGCCCUGAGCGCCGUUCAAACACUCUGUUAUACAGCCCCACACAUAUCAAGCAAGGGAAAUGUUGUUCUACAUUCCAUUGUACUUUUGUACAAUUUGUAUUAUUUUCUUAUUGUUGUUUGUACCGAAUGAUGACAAGUGGAAUUUAUUUUUCCGAAAACUUUAUUAAUACCGAAGUUCACUUGGAAAAAAAAAAGAAAUAGAAUGUCUUAUAUUAAAGUAGGUUGAUCAAAUGAUUUUUUUGUUAAGACUUCUGUGUAAAGACUUCUAUUUUAUCAAGAAAUUUCAACACAAUUAUUUUUUUUUUUUUUAAUUUUUUGUGAUCAUUUGUUGUUUAACAUCCUUUUUUAGUUUUGUGAUUUUGAAGCAAAACUUAUGUAGUGAGCUUCAGAUACGUAAGAUCUCUGUAUGACAAAGAUUUUAUUUUCCCUUAUCUAGAGGUGUACGUAGAAAAAGGUUUUAGCUUGCUAAUUGAAAAACCUAUACAUUCAUGUGAAUAGUAUACCUAUUUGGUAUUACAUUUGUUCAUGUUAUAUAUAUAUAUAAUAUGUAUAUAUAUAUUUUGAUGUAUAAAAAAUAGUUAGAAAAUUUUGUUUAAAUGUUUUGAAAAAGUUCAGAAAUCGGUUCACCCGGUAUUUGUAAACACAUAGGACGAUCUGUCAUGUAAGAUGAGCAGUGACUAAAGCUUUUCAAACUUGCUUAACAUUCCCAUAUUAAAUGCUGACACACCAUAAAUCUGUAUCAUUGCAAAUAAAUAAAAUCCCUUUUGGUGCAACCUAAAUGCGUAGGUAGAAUUCAACGUAACUAUUUCUUCUGGAAACGUUUUGGAAACUUCUAUAAACUCCUGGAACAUUUUAAAAACUUAAUGUACCUGCAUAACAUUCUCUAUUUUCGCCAAUAUUCAAAAAAAGAUUGAUUAAAAAUGUUCUCAUAUUAUAUGCAGCGAUAAUAUUUUGAAUGUUAUUAACACAAUGCAUUGUCUUAAUGGUAGUUAGUUAUAAAAUUAUUUUUAACCUUAAAACACAAGUUUUUAUCCGUUGCACUAAUAUGUGGUCAUAUAAAUAUUUUAUUUUGACAGGUUUAAGGUAAUAUUAAGAUGGUUAAAAAUAAAUUCUGAUGAAUUUGAUACUAAGAAAGUUUUAAUUUUUUCAAUGGUAAUUUUUUUGGUAAUACACCAAUCCCUCACUUAGCACAACUAAUGUGUUCCUAAAAAUGUUUGUGUUAUCUGAAAUCACGUAUUCUGAAAGAUUGGUCUCGAUAAAUAGCAAGGCUAAUUUAUUUAAUGUGUUCCAGAAAUAUUCUUUACGUAAUAUAAAUGCGUAGAAUAACACUCAACAAUAAACAUGUCACACCAUUUAUCUUUAUAAGCCUACCAUCAAAUAAUUUGUAUGACAAAUACGACACUGCAUAACAUGAGAUAGGUGGUUAUGUACUAUCGUCAGUCGGCUGGUUGACUUGCCCGCCCGUUCGUGAACUUUAACUCACGUCGUGUACCUUUCUGUCAACUUUCCAAACCAUCCUUUACUGGCAGUGAAACCGAUAUUACUGUCCGGAUAAUUACAUUUUAAUUUUUAAAAAAUUUAAGAACUUAUUCAUGUAUCAUUGCUUAGUUCACAUCAAUCCUGGCAGGCACAUGAUUUUUUUUCAUGGCACCAUUCUUUUAACAACCUUUUCCAUGUGAAUCAUCUGUUCAUUUCUGUUCUGGUAUCUACGUCAAAUAUAUUCGCGCUAGUACAACAGCAUCUAACUUAUAUAAACGUUUGAUAGAGUCCUUAUCUCAUACAAUUGUAUGCACAGUUGACUUGCUUAAAAGUAAAGUGUGACCAACAUAAAUGUGGCCUUAAUGACAUUCUGCAUGCUGUAAUACUUAUAGUUAUAGUUUUGUCUCAAAUACUUGAACACUAUGCAAUAUGCUCUCACUUGGAAGCCAUGAUUCCACUAUGAUUCCAGGUGCUUACGCAUGUAGUUACUGGCAGAUGAAUGGCAUGCAUUGCUUGUGUUUGUGCGAGUUCCCUGCCACUGGCUAAUUGAGCAUCACGGCCCGGUCUGUGGCCUGGCAACAACGGUACGGAUUGGCAGCAUACGCGCGGACGUAAAAACAUUUGGUCCUUUACACUCCAUAGCCACAAUUUAACUUGCCAUAGCUGAUGUUUGUACAACAGCUGAUAGCAUAGUCAGACCUUCGCGUGCAUCUCUUCUCGCCUCGUAUGGCUAACUGUAUGCCACGGCACAUCUGUUGUUUACCGAGUUGAAGCAGAUGUCGUGGCGUCAUGCCUGACAUUUUUUUUGCCUGGGGCGAUUUUGUGCUUACAGAAAUUUACAGACGUGCUAUUCAAGAUUGGGUCAGUAAAUUUAACAUCACACUAAAUGAAUUUGCUCAAUCUGAAGACGUGCUAAGUGAGGGAUUGGUGUAGUUUGUUUAAUCUAAAAUUGCUUCAGUCUUAAGGUUUUAGAUAAAGUUUAGGAGUUUUACAAUAAAUUAUAAUGGAUUUGAUAGUAUAUCUAUUAAAAAAAAGUAAUAACUGCUAACUUGAUUCUAAUUAUACCCUUUUUAUUUUCACCCCUUGCAGUAAUGGUAAUGGUAAUGGUAAUGGUAAAAGUUUUCAGCAGUAUUUAAAAAGUUAUACAAAAACCAACAUUUAUUCAAUAGAGUACAUGGAAGGAAAGUUUGGUGUAUUUUCUUAUUUUCAUCCCAGGUUUUUCUACCCCUUGCAGUAAUGGUUUGUAUUAUCAAAAAUUGUUUCAGACAAAAGUUUUAGGUAAAAAUUACAUAUAAGAUUUACAAACAAUGUGAAUGGAUUUGAUGGUUUGCCUACUAAGGGAAUUAUACAUUUCUUUUAGUAUUUUAAUGCCUCUUUAUCAACACCUUGCAGCAAUAGUUGGUUGUGUCAAAAAUUAUUUCAGACAAAAGUUUUGAUAGUAUUUAUAAGGUUUACAAACAAUUAACGGAUUUGAUAUUGUGUCUAUUAAGGGAGUUAUAAUUUUUUUUGUUUGUUUUUCAACCCCUGUUUAUUCCACCCGAUUCAAAAUGGCUGGUCUUAUAAAAAAAUUAUAUAAGACAAAAAAAAUACAUGUAUCACAAUUUUGUGGACAUGAUAACUGCCGGAAUUUUUGACAAAUCACUUUUUCAAACAUAUAUAAAAUCUAGAACUGGAAAAUCUUGGUCGAAUUUGUUAAUGGGCAUUAUCCAACCAAAAGGGUAGAAAUGGGGAAAGCUUUUUGAAAAUCAUACAUAGGUACAUAUAUAACUUUUGAGUUGACAGUGGUUUUGGGGUCUCUUGACCAUGAAAGGAAAAAUAAUAUAAAAAUUUUCCGGAAGUCAACCUAUAUCGUAAUACCUAAUAUGUGAGUGAGAUUCAUUUUUUUGUUUGUUCCAAGGAAAUAAAAUAAAGUUAUUGUGUUAUUUAUUGACAUCUUAUGAUUAAAACAACGUAAACAGAGCUAGUUUUAUUUAAAUUGUUCUCUGUUCUGACAAAGUUAAGUAGUAGAUGAUAGGUUUAAUCACCAUGGAACAUGUUCGGCACAAUCUACUCUCUGAAAAUAUUUCGUUUUGGUUUCUAUAUUUUUCUACUAUUGUAGACAUGCAAACUGACAAGCAUCAGUGUAUCCUUAUUUAUCUGAGGUUUUAAGCAAGUUAAAUAGUAUGUAACUUGGUAUGCUACUGCUGUAAAUAUAUUUUUAAAAAAUUGUGCAUGUUAUUGACAUAGUUAAGUAAAAUUAUGACAAUACUACAUUUCAGUAGCGUGCAAAAUUGUGUUGUAUUAUUGCUGCAGCAAUUAUAACUUUUUAAUUAACA